GCUACGCACCGACCGGCCUCCAGCGCCCGGGCGGGAGGUGUCUCUGUACAUGUGAAGAAGACAGGUGUUGCAAGUGGAAGUGACACAACCUUUUUAGGAUGUCUGAAGAUGAGGAAAAGGUGAAAUUGCGCCGUCUUGAACCAGCGAUCCAGAAAUUCACCAAGAUAGUAAUUCCCACAGACCUGGAGAGGUUAAGAAAACACCAGAUAAACAUUGAGAAGUAUCAACGCUGUAGUAUUUGGGACAAGCUGCAUGAAGAGCAUAUCAAUGCAGGACGCACAGUUCAGCAACUCCGCUCCAAUAUCCGAGAAAUGGAGAAGCUUUGUUUGAAAGUCCACAAGGAUGACCUGGUACUUCUGAAGAGAAUGAUUGAUCCUGUUAAAGAAGAAGCAGCGGCAGCAGUAGCAGAAUUCCUCCAACUCCACUUAGAAUCUGUUGAAGAGCUGAAGAAACAAUUUAAUGAUGAAGAGACUGUGUUACAGCCUUUGACCAGAUCCAUGACUGUUGGUGGAGCAUUCCAUACUACAGAAGCAGAAGCAGAAGCUAGUUGUCAGAGUUUGACUCAGACAUAUGCGCUGCCUGAAAUUCCACGAGAUCAAAAUGCUGCUGAGUCAUGGGAAAACUUAGAAGCGGACUUAAUUGAACUGAGCCAACUGGUCACUGAUUUCUCUCUCCUAGUACAUUCUCAGCAGGAGAAGAUUGACAGCAUUGCAGACCAUGUCAACAGUGCUGCUGUGAAUGUUGAAGAGGGAACCAAAAACUUGGGGAAGGCUGCAAAAUACAAGCUGGCAGCUCUGCCUGUGGCAGGUGCACUCAUCGGAGGAGUGGUAGGGGGUCCUAUCGGCCUCCUUGCAGGCUUCAAAGUAGCAGGAAUUGCAGCUGCACUUGGUGGUGGGGUGUUGGGCUUCACAGGUGGAAAAUUGAUACAAAGAAGGAAACAGAAAAUGAUGGAGAAGCUCACUUCCAGCUGUCCAGAUCUUCCCAGCCAAACUGACAAAAAAUGCAGUUAAAGACCCAACUUAGGACUGCUGGUGCCAGCAUAUCUGCCCUGACAAGCACCAUGCUGCUGUCGGACACUCAGCGUUGGAAAUGACCUAUCAUGGCCGUAGCUGUGGAUGCCCUUGUGACGCUGAGUUGUGAUAAGUGGAUCUAUUUUGUUUGCUGAGUGUCAAUGGAUGUUAGAGAUGGAGGCGCCUGGACUGAGGGUGUAUAAUGUUUGUCAGGUCAAGUUUAAUGACUGCCAAAGAGCAACUUUUCUGCCUAGAAAUGUGACAACUGAACCUGUAACUCCAAGUACCUAAGAUGUGAGGAAAUACAUUGGA